CUGGUGUGCCUCGGGCAGGACGGCGGAGCCCCGGCCCUGGUGUGCCUCGGGCAGGACGGCGGAGCCCCGGCCCUGGUGUGCCUCGGGCUUUGCGAGGGACCCAGGAUGCCAAGCUGCGAGCGUCCCUGUGGCUGCAGCCGAGGCCCCAACGUGGAAGAUGGCAAGUGGUAUGGGGUCCGCUCCUAUCUGCACCUCUUCUACGAGGACUGUGCAGGUACCCCCCUCAGCGAUGACCCUGAGGGGCCUCCUGUACUGUGCCCUCACCGACCUUGGCCCUCACUGUGCUGGAAGAUCAGCUUAUCCUCAGGUACCCUGCUUCUGCUGCUGGGUUUGGCAGCCCUGACCACUGGCUAUGCAGUGCCCCCCAAGUUGGAGGGCAUCGGAGAGGGCGAGUUCCUGGUGUUGGAUCAGCGGGCAGCCGACUACAACAAGGCCCUGGGCACCUGCCGCCUGGCAGGCACUGUGCUCUGCGGGGCAGCCGGGAUCUUGCUGGCCAUCUGCAUGUUCUGGGCCAUGACUGGCUGGCUGAGCCAGGACCCCAAGGCAGAACCCUUGGACACUGAAACCGAUGGCCACAUGGAGGUCUUCGGGGAUGAGCUGGAGCAGCAGUUGUCCCCCAUUUUCCACGAUGCCAGUGGCCGGUCUUGGUUCUCACCACCCGCCAGCCACUUCGGGCAAUCCUCUGUGCAGACCAUCCAGCCCAAGCGGGACUUUUGAGCUGCCCUCACGGCCAGAGGAAGAGCCAGGCCUGGGGUCUGGACCCUUCCUCCUCCCCACCACGUCCCACCUUCCCAUUGUCUCCCUAACUUCUCCCUUUCAACGGGGCCCCUUCCAUCUAAGCCCCCAGAAAGCCCAACUCCAGGUCAGAAAGUCUGGAGCUCACAUCUCUGUGUCCCCCUCCCAGGGGUAGGGCCCUAAGUCCUCCAAGAUGCCAGCCUUCCCCGAGUCCCCCCAAAACUUCCCACCCAUUCCUCCUUUCCAAAGCCAUUCAAGGGCAGAAAACUCCCUCAACCUAUCCUCACUCUUUCCUCUGUAUGACCUUGGGCAAACCCCUUACCCUUUCAGACCAUCAGUUCCUGCCUCUGCACUAAUGAAGGGUUUGGACCAGAUUCUAGAGUUACAUGACUUUCUUUUUCUCCCCAGGAUAUAAGUAUUACCUUCUAUAGGCAAAGGUAAGGGGAGGGGUAGUGGGGUCAUUCUUAUCCACUGACCCCUCCCUCUGUCAGCUGCACCAGGAGGCCUCAGGAUGGGUCCAAGAUGCUCACUUGGACCAGGAUGGUGCGAAAACAUUUACUCCUUACAGUAUGUUUUCUAUACAUCUUGACAUCAGAGCCCCCAGUCCACCCCAUCCUGAACUAUUACUAACCCCAGUUUACAGAUGAGGUGGCCGAGGGAGGCUGGCAGUCCGCAGGAACUCGGACCCACGUCUGUAGACUCCUGGAACAGAUCUUGUUCCACAGUGGGAGCAGGACCCCACACCUUCCUGGCUUCCAGGGGACCCCCAAGGGUGGCACAGUUUCGUCCCAGAGAGACUAGCUGAUGCCUAAUGGUCCCAGGUGGCUCAGAAGAUAUUUUGGACAUGCAUUUAAAUGGUCUCUAAGAGCCAGGGGGCAGGAGAACUGGGAUGUCUUUGCCCCUCAGAGUCCACCCGCCUAGAAACCAUCACCUACAGGUCCUGACCUCACCCUGUACAAAUGUGCCCUCCUGGAGGCACCAACCCCUCCAUCCUGCAGGCUCCCCAGCCAGAUGCAUCAUCUCUGUUCUCUACCACUAGGGGGAGCUCCAAGACAGCUGGAGAGAGAUGCCCAAGGCUCAUGCCUCUACUCUCCCCCUUUAGUCUCAAGGUGGUGGGGAUGGGGGUGGGGGCAGCCCUCCUGGGAGGGUCCUCAGUCCUCCUUCACAAAGCAGGCCCUACUGCCCCGCCCCAUUCUGCACCCUUCCACCGCCCCCCCACCCCCACCUUGCCUUUCAAUAAACAGCUGGGAUGGAUACUGACUUUGCUUCUCUUCUCCCUGACCACCAGGGCCUGGGGAGGGAAGAAAGAAACUGCUAUGAGCACCUACUGUGUGCUGGGCACUUAAAUCCAUUAUUUCUCGUUUGCUCCUCACGAUAAUCCUUUGAGAAAGUGGAUGAUUAUCUUCAUUUUACAGAUGAGAUGAGAAAUUUCUCAGCCUUCUUGACAAACUUCUGUCUCCAUCCCUGAGAGGGAUGUGAGGAGGGGGUCUAAGAGCCGGAGCUGGAGCCAAAGGUGGGAUCUUUUCCAGGAAGAUAAGAACAGUUAACCUCCACUAGCACUCACUGGGGGCCAGGCCUUGUUCUCAGGGCCUCACAGACAUGAGUUCGUUUAACCUUCACAACCACCUAGGUGGGGACUAUUAUUCCCAAAUCUCACUCCCAGGCUCCAGGCUUGGAUUUCCACCUGAAUUCACCUACAUGUUGAACCUCAACUCAACUUUCCCGAACUGUUCUCCUUUCCACCCCUCCCCUUCCAGACCUGCCCCUCCUAUGCUGCCCACUCCUGAGAGAGUGGCAGCUCCGGCCAAAGCCUUGAAGUCAUCCUUGACGUCAUCCUUGACUCCUCUCUUUCCUCACAGCCUGAAUCCAAGCCACCAGCCAGUCCUGUCAAUUCACCCUUGGAAAUGCACCCGGUACCUCAGUGCUUCUCGCCAUCCUCAAGGCCAGCUCCCUGGCUCUCAUCUGGAUUAUUGCACAAGCUUCUCCCGCCUCUCCCAGCUUCUUGCUUCUGUGCGCACACAUGCAUGCACACACGCACACACCACACCACACACACACACACACACACACACACAUACACAGAGACUCUAAUCUUUACAGAGCAGUCACACAGAUCCUGGAUGACAUAGGUUAGACAGUGUCCCCUCUCUGCUUGGAACCCUCCCAUGGCUCCCACCUUUCCCAGAGUAAAAGCCAAAAUCCUCUCUGUGGUCUACAAGGCCUGACGUGAUUUGCUGACACCCUUCUCCCACUUUCUUCCCCUGUGGCCUCAGCUCCCACCACUCUCCCCACUCCUGUCUCCUCUCCAGCCAGACCGGCCUCCUGGCUAUUCCUUCAACAUCAGGCACAGCUCCUGCCUGAAGCCUUUGCCUAGCCAUUCCCUGCUGGUGUGUUCUUCCUCAGUUCAGCACUUGGUCAAUCCCCCCACCUCCUUCAAGUCUUUGUGCAAAUGUCACCUUCUCAGUGGAGACUUCCCUGAGCAGCCUAUUUUUUUUUGGCCGUGGGAUCUUCUUUCCCUGACCAGGGAUUGAACUCGGGCUCUCCGCAGUGAGAGCGAGGAGUCCUAACCACUGGACCACCAGGGAAUUCCUGCUGAGCAGCCUAGUUUAGAAGGUGACUAUGCCCCCAUUCCCUGUUCCCUGUGUACUUUGGGGUUUGUUUUUUUUUUAACUUUUUAUUUUAUGUUGGAGUACAGUUGAUUAACAAUGUUGUGUUAG